AUGGCUUAUGCUUCAUAUGCUUUUAUUUAUGUUUUUAUAUUGUUCGUUGCUUGUAGAAACAGGUCAAAAUCUAAAACACGCUCUCUUUCAAGAUCACGUUCUCGUACAAGAGAUCGUGCCCGGUCCUCUGUUGCGCGUAGAAGUCGUACCCGUUCUAGAUCACCAGCAAAAGAUAUAACAACAACAAAUGGUGAUGAAAAAAUUGAAGUUAAAAAUGAAAUGUCAACAUCAACGCCACCACCAAAGGAUGCUGAAAUGAGGAGUGCGUCACGUCGUGAACCAAAUUCCUCGGUGGUUUUUCACGCAUUACCUAGACAUGAUAAAGAUUUGCCACUCGACGCAAUGGAGGGAAAACCCCUAACAAAAGAAGAUAAAUGGCAAGACGAUGAACAUCUUGUACAUCCUCCUGCUUCAAACGAUCCAAAAGGAAUUGUCGGUCGUUUACAAAAGGAUUUGGAGGAAGAAGACAAGAGGAUCAACAUCUCGAAAACAGAUUUAGACAAGAGGCAGAAGAAGACAAGAGGAUCAACAUCUCGAAAACAGAUUUAG